AUGAUUCUAGAGGGAAAACUGAAGGAUGUUUAUGAUGCUUUGUGCGAUUGUAAGACUACGGACUGUAUGAAUGGAACCUCCUUAAACCAUCUGAGACGGUUACUUCACUUGCUGACGGAGUUGCAGGCAGCAACUAAUGAUGCUCUCUUUUCAUCAGAGCAAGAUGCCAAAGAAAAUGAUUGUCGAUGGAAGUUCCGUCCACCCCCACGAGGAAUUAUUGGAAUUGAUGAGUAUUCCUUGUGUUGCCAAUAUUUGGAAUGUGGAGCAUGCCAUUUUGAAGAUUUCUGUGUUUUUGCUCAUUCUGACUCUGAGUUGCUAGAAUGGAGAGAGCGACACGCUUACAGGCAACUUCAUUAUCAACAACAAAGGGAGCAACUUCAACACGGUGGCAAUUAUAGUGAAAGAUUGAUUGAAAAAUGGAUUAACAGUCCAAGUCCAGAAAGAGUGGUGAGUGGGUCUGUUGAAGGUGUGAGAGUGGAAUGUGCUCAGGAAUUGAAUCAGGUCUCUGACAGCAGAAAGUAUGACUUUUCGUGGACAUUUGCUUUUACUUGUGAUCCUCCACGGUUACUCGAUCAUGUUGCGUUUCUGAUUAAUGCCUACACACCAUGUUUCCACAUUGCAUCCAUUGCUGCUGGUGACUCAGAUAGUCUCCAUCCAUAUUCUAUAUCAACCAAAUGUCAAGAGUGGAGUCAACACUUGAGUGGUCAGAAUAGGAUGGAGGAACGUGUUUACGAAAUUGUAGUCAAAUUUUCUGUAGAAGUCUUUGGAAAUUUUCAGCAAACCAUAUUUUUUGACUUCGGAUCUGAGCCAGUUUUGAUGCAGACAGUUACAGUGUCUACACUGUCAGAUCAAGGUACAGAAGCAUUGCUACUGCAUCAGCAGCAAUCCCUUACAACAUCACAACGUUGGGAUUCAACGUGCAAGCAAGUGGUUGAUUUUCGACCUCAAGAGCAGUCUGAUCUUGACCUGACACUACUAGUGACCUAUCAAAUUCCUGCUGCUGCCGACCAGUUGUUCACCCGGUCAGUUUUGGACAAAGCUUUGAACCGACACAACUAUCAUUCUCGCUUUCAUGACCUUCUUUACAUUGAGGAAAAUGCACAAAAUAAAGAGAUAAGCAAGUUUAAUGUCAAAGCAAAUUUGCACAUAACGACAUCGUAUGUGGUUCCUGGCAAUCAUGGUGCUGCUCGGCAUGUUCAGAAUGGUCAACUAUUUGCUUGUGUUUUGUUGAAUGAUACUGUGAUAACCAAAGACACUGCUGUGGGAAGACUGGUAAUGGAAAAAGUCACGAGUGUUCUGCUGAUCCCACUCAGCAAAAAAAAGGGUCUUGGAUCAAAUCAGGGAAAUAAAGAAAAAGUGUACGAAGUCCUUGUGGAAGAUCGGUCCAGGGAGUGUAUGUUGCUGAGGCUUUCCAAAGAGUGCUGUGAGGAUCUGAAGCUUCGACCAGAGAGAGACAUAGAGGUGGAGCUUCAGUUUCAGUUGAACCGUUUGUCUCUCUGUGAGAUGCACCUAGCAUUGGAUAAUCUGAAAGACUGCAGCCUGGUGUCCCCAGAUGUUUCUUCUCUUCUAACACUUGAUUUGCCAGAUAGGGACUGGGAAAAGCAGCUGGACCCUAGGCUAAACUCCAAACAGAGGAAAGCAGCUAGUAUUAUUACAGCUCCCAUAUUGUUCAGUCUACCACCGAUUCUUCUGACUGGGCCGUGUGGCACUGGGAAAACCUUCACUUUGGCACAUGCAGUCAAACAAUUGGUGAAAGACCCUGACAAAAGUCUCAGGAUUCUGUUCUGUACUCAUUCCGAUACUGCAGCAGACAACUUUAUAAAGGACUACCUCGUUCCUAUGUUUGAAAAUGAUGCCAGUAAUCUUACACUUCUCAGAAUCUAUCACAAAACCAAAAAUGUGAAAACUGUGCAUCCCACAGUACAGCGGUAUUGUCUACUUGCUCGGAACCAGUCUGCAUUCCUGCUGCCAAGGAAAGAAGACAUACUCAAGUGUCAGGUGGUUGUGGCAACUGUGAGUUCAUCAAAAUACCUCUGUUGUGCUGACCUCCAACAUGGCUACUUCACACACAUUUUAGUGGAUGAUUCUUCUCGAGCUAUUGAAUGUGAAUCCAUUAUGGCGCUUGGGUUGGCUGAUAAAACCACUAGAAUAGUCCUGGCUGGAGAUCCUAUGCAGCUCAAUCCUGUCGUUUAUAGUGAAUUUGCUCGGGAGCGAAACCUCCAUAUUUCUUUGAUCAAACGCUUAUCACAGCUCUAUCCACCUGAUUCCUGCUAUCAUAUAUCACUAGAAGAACAGUACAGAUCACAUGAAGUCAUCAUCAGUCUUGCAUCUGAACUAUUCUACAAAGGAGGCCUUACGGCUAACAGCAAACAGCCAAUUCACAAAGAUUUUUAUCCCCUCAUGUUUUGUGUGGCCUGGGGAGCAGACGUACAAGACAAAAUCAGUACCAGCUAUUACAACUGUUCUGAGGUUUUGGAAAUAGCUGAGCAAGUGGAAGAAUUGCAGAAAAGAUGGCCAGUGGCCUGGGGGAAGCUGGAUGAAAAUAGCAUAGGAGUUGUGACGCCAUAUGCCAAUCAAGUCAUGCGAAUCCGUGCAGAGAUGCAGAAAAAGAAACUUAAUGACGUCACUGUUGAACAGGUUUUGAACAUACAAGGUAAACAAUUCCGAGUCCUGUUUCUAAGCACAGUCAGAACACGGCACACCUACAAAGACCCACCAGCAUCAGUGAGACGAAGAGAUGCUCAGCUUGAAGAGUCCGCUGAAGAUUUGGAGUAUGGAUUCUUUUCUAGUUAUAGGAUGCUGAAUACCAUUCUCACUAGGACACAGUCCCUUGUGGUUGUGGUUGGAGAUCCAGUAGCUCUCUGUUCCAUUGGCAAAUGUCGGAAAAUUUGGGAGCAUUUCAUCUUCGUUUGUCACAAAAAUGGAAGCCUCCAUGGAACCACCUUACAUGAGAUUAAGACACAGCUUGACAACUUGGAACUCAGCAGAGGAUGUGUGCUCAACCCCCUGGCUCCUGAAUUCAUCCCUCGAACCAUUCCAAAUUUUACAGCUUUUUCUGGCAGACUCCAGGCGUCACCAGCAAAGACUUGUUCUCAGGUAACCUGGUUGGGAUACCAGAACAGAUUAGCAUUAGACCCGAGGAAGGCUUUCACCUGGUCCUUAUAA